CCGCAGUGCAGUUGUGCGCGUGACUACGAAAUGCGGCGGGGCAUGCCAAGCAUCUUGAACUCCGCCAGCUGUUGCAGCUCUUCUUUUGGCUUGACCAAGCGAACCUAUUCCCAACCACUCUCUUUUUAUAAUGAACAGGCUCUUUGGUUCUGGAAAAAAGACCGCCAAACCUACACUCAAUGACGCUAUUUCGUCGACCGAUCUGCGGACCGACGCUAUCGAAGUCAAAAUUCGAAAGUACGAUGCAGAGCUAACACGAUACCGUGAUCAAAUGAAGAAAAUGAGAGAAGGGCCUGCCAAGAAAGCGGUGCAGCAAAAAGCGUUACGGAUUCUGAAGCAGCGAAAACUCUGCGAAGCUCAACGGGACAACCUCCAGCAACAGUCAUUCAAUAUGGAACAAGCGCAAAUGACAACCGAGAAUCUCCGCAAUGUGAUGGCGACCGUGGAUGCUAUGCAGGUUGCGAACAAGGAAUUGAAGAAACAGUACAAGAAUGUCAACUUGGACAAGAUUGACCAACUACAGGAUGAAAUGGAAGAUCUGCUGGAGCAGGCCAACGAAGUGCAGGAGACGCUAGGACGAUCGUAUAAUUUGCCUGAUGAUGUGGACGAAGAAGAUCUGGAAGCUGGUAUACCUGGAAAAUAAUGAUGUGGUAUGAUACGAAUAGUGACUCACCCAUUGAUAAUAGAACUGGACGCUUUGGGUGACGAGUUGGCGUUCGAGGAGGAGGAAAUGCCCUCUUACUUACAAGACGAUACCGAGGCUUUACCCAAGGCCGCAGAGACAGAUCCCAAACAACAACAGGACGUGCAAUUGGAUGAGUUUGGUUUACCUGUAGCAGCAGAAACACCCAUGAAAGCUUAAAUGGAUCCGCUACUGAACACUCCCACCAUAAUACUAAUAUAUAAAUAUAUACACACCCGCACAACGCACAAAGCACACCGAUAUAAAAGAUACGUGUUCCUAAUGAGAAUAUUACAAAGUGAAAAGAAGAAAAAAAGGAAAUGCAGGCAGUGGCAUGACAGAGGGAGUUCCAAAACAAAAAAAAGAGAGGGCG